UGUUACUUAAGCCAAAAACUUGUGGUCAGUUUGCCACACCACUUUGAGAACUGGUACAAGCCACAGCUAAUGUUUUGUGCAUUUUCUCCAGUGUCGUGUCGUACUGACCACGUUGUUUCAAACAAUAACUUUCCAGAAAAUAAAAGGAGCCAACGACGAAGCAAGGAUUUUAGAAAAGAUGUUUCCUUCUAUGUAUUUGUAGAUACGGCCUCUGGAGUAGAGUUACCUGUGAGCGUCCAUGAGGAAACACAUUCCAAAAGCUCAUCUUCAAAAAGGAACGAGGAAGAUUCAGAAUCCUGGGAGGACCCUGAAGGGCCUGGUGUGGCGGACACUGACGGCUCUGUGGAAGGUGCCUUGCUUGGUAGUCAGCUGGUUUCUCAACAAGAACAUGAUACAGAGUUUCAGAUUCUGAAGUAUUUACUUCAAAUCGAUGUCUUCGGCUUCAUGAAUUCUGCUUUUUCAACAAUCGAAAUUCUUAUAGAAAGG